AUGAGGCCGUCGAUCGUGCUGUUCGGCGACUCCAUCACGGAAGAGUCGUUCGGGGAGGGCGGGUGGGGCGCGCACCUGGCGAACCACUACUCCCGCUCCGCCGACGUCGUCCUCCGGGGCUACAGCGGCUACAACACCCGCUGGGCGUCCCUGGUGGCCGACCGCGCGUUCUCCGCCAUCCCGGCGUCGGCGGCCGUCGCCGCCGUCACCGUCUUCUUCGGCGCCAACGACGCGUCGCUCCCCGACCGGGCCAGCGCGUUCCAGCACGUGCCGCUCCCUGAGUACGGCGACAACCUCCGCGCCAUCUGCGCGCUGCUCCGCGCGCGCUGGCCGGCGGCGGCGCUCAUCCUCGUCACGCCGCCCCCCGUCGACGAGCGCGGCCGCGUCCGGUUCCCGCGCAACGGGGACGCGUCGGGCCUGCCCGAGCGGACCAACGAGGCCGCCGGGCGGUACGCGCGGGCGUGCGUGGAGGUGGCCGGGCAGUGCGGGCUCCGGGCCAUCGACCUCUGGUCCCGGAUGCAGGAGUUCCCAGGGUGGGAGACGGCGUUCCUCCGGGACGGGCUGCACCUCACGCCCACCGGCAACCGGCUGCUGUUCGAGGAGGUGGUGUUCGCGCUGAGGGACGCCAACCUCAGCCUGGAGGCGCUCCCCGCCGACCUGCCGCUCUGCAGCGACAUCGACCCCGACAACGCUGUCAGGUGCUUCGAGGAGGAGUGA